CAGCAGCAGCCAGUGGACCAAAUAUCUGUCAGAGGGAAUGAAGAGGGAAAAACUGACAGAAGCUGGAAAAACUUCAUGUCAAAGUGGAGAGGUGAUAUAGAGAAUCCAAAAGACAUCAGAAUUGUUCUGAUUGGGAAGACUGGCAGUGGGAAGAGCUCAUCAGGAAACACCAUCCUGGGAAGAAAGGAGUUUGAAGCCAAAUUAAGUCAGAGAUCAGUCACAAAGAAAUGUCUUAAAAGAAAGACUGAAGUAGAUGGUCGUUCAGUUUAUGUGGUCGACACACCAGGUCUCUUUGACACGAGGUUGAGCGCAAAAGAGAUCCAGGAGGAGUUGGUGGGGUGUAUUAAUUUUGUGGCUCCAGGACCCCAUGUCUUCCUGCUGGUGAUACGGAUAGGAAGAUUCACAUCAGAGGAGAUACAAACAUUAGAAAAUAUCAAGAAAAUAUUUGGAAAGAAUUCAGAAAAAUUCACCAUCGUUCUUUUAACUGGAGGUGAUUCAUUGGAAGAAGAAUGUUCCACAGUUGAACAUUACAUUAAAAAUGAAAGUGAAGAUUCUUUCAAAAGGCUAAUUAAAGACUGUGGAGGAAGAUACCAUUUGUUUGAUAAUAGAGCUGCAGACAACCGUAAGCAGGUCAGAGAGCUGAUUAAGAAGAUAGACACCAUGGUGAAGGAAAAUGGAGGAAGCUGCUUUACCAAUGAGAUGCUGCAAGAGGCUGAAGCUGCCAUACAGGAAGAUAUGGAGAAUAUUCUAAAAGAGAGAGAUCAAGAAAUAAAAGGGGAAGUGGAAGGACUUGAACGAAAAUAUGCAGCUGAAAAAGAAGACGUGGAAAGAAGACUUGAAAAAGAGAGAGCAGAUCAUGAACAGCAGAGAAAAUAUUUGAGGGAAAUGAAGGAAAAUAUCGGGAGAGAAUAUGAGAAGAGAAAGAGAGAACAGGAAUAUAGGGAUGAACAAGAUAGGCGGAGGGCAGUGGCAGAAGAAAUGGAAAAGCAGCAGUUAAAGGAAAAAAUUGAAGCUUUGGAUGAAAUGAUAAAAUCAGGAGCAGUAGCUGAACGAUCCCUUGAGACGAAGAGACGGGAACUGGAAGAAACACAAAGGGCUAUGGUGAAAGAACAAAGAGAGUGGUGGGAAAAGAGACGAGAGGAAGACAAACAGAGACAGCUGAGAGAGGAGAUGAGAAUGAAUGAACUUAAAGAAGAAUAUGAAAAAGCCAAAAUGCUUGAUGAAAAAAUUCUAACAGAAAUGCAUGAAAGGGAGCUCAGGGCAAUGGAGGAAAAGUACCAAAAAGAACAAGAAGAAAUGAAGAAAAAAUUUAUAGAAGAAUUUAGAAGACAAGCAGAGAAGAUGGGAAAGUUCAAACACUUCAGAGCUUUUCUACCACUCUUUAGACAAGUGGAAAAAAAUUGCAAAAUGCAAUAAUCAGUCCCUUUGUGAAAACAGCAGUUGCUACAUGUUACCUCUACAUAAACAGUAAAAAACAUAAAAGAAUACAUAGAA